AUGAGCCCGCUCUCCCCCCCACCUCGCGACGCCAGCGUCCCCCCCAUCGCCGGACACCCCCAUCGCCUCGACGCUCACGUCGACCCCCUCCCCCGCGCCCCGUCGCGGGUGUUGCCCUUCACCGGACCUCGCCGCCUCCUCGUCACCUUCCACGACGGCCUACCCCACGCCUCGCCGCCCCCGACGCCACAGGACCACGUCGUCGUCGCAUGGAACGCCACCUCGACCGCCUCCUCGCCGGACCUCGCGUCCUCGUCCUCCUCCUUGCCGGCCGCCAGCAAGCCUCGGCGUCCCCUCUCCCCAUCAACUCUGCUAUCUCGAGCUAGGGUUUGGCACGCCGCCAGCCAGCUCCCGGCCCCGGCGUCGUCCGAUCCGCCGGCGGGAGGCCCCUACGACGCCGCCCCAGGCCGGCCGCCCCUUCUCCUUCACUCCUCCCGGACCAGCCGCCCCUCCUCGACUCCUCCCCGCCCGCCCCGACGUCCAUCCUCGCCCUGCAGCAGGAGGCGUCCGCAGGCCCGCCCGCCCUCCGUUCCCCCCGCCCGGCAGCAGGAUGCGCCCGGCCUCCGCCCGACCAGGAUAGCUGCCAAUAACCACGCUCCAGGACACACCACUUUGUCCGAUGUAGGCCAAGUUAAUUUGCUUACUAAGUUUAAUGAGCGCUCCGGGAGAAACUAUUCUCACCAACAAUUAAGAAACCGGUGGGAUGCAUGUAGAAGUGAUUAUGCCAUAUGGAAGACAUUGCUUCAAAAAGCUUCGGGCAUCGGAAGAGAUCCUUAUACAAAGACCAUUGCUGCUACGGAUGAGUGGUGGGCAUUGGAGUUGAAGGCACGUCCGCAGGCUACCAAGUAUCGGCAUGCUCCACUUGCGGAGGAGGACAAAAUGGAGGAGGUGUUUGAUGCUUGUUGUGUCACAAACGAGCAUGCGAGAGUGCCAAUUCCCACAUAUCAAGGUUCUACGUCUCGAAUCAAUUUGGAUGAUGAGUCUGGUUGUGAAGGUGAAAAAACUGAAGUUACACCUCGUGCGAAUCGUGCAAAGGUUGGGAAGAAGAGGGCAUCUCCUUAUUCCCCAAGUCCUAAGGCGAAUGAAAAGUGGGCAAGUGAGCAUGCAAAGAAUGAGGCAUUUGUUCGUAUGGUGGACCUCUUUGAUUCAAGGAACAAGAGAGAUGAGACUCAAGUUUCAGCAAGACAAGAGAUUCAUGAAAUGAUGGCCAUGGUAGAAGCAGAUGGUGGUGCACCUGGGAGUGAUGUUCAUUUCUAUGCUUCACAGCUAUUCAAGGAUCAGACAAACCGUGAUGUUUUCUCUGCCUUCAAGACUCACGAGCCUAGUGCGAGGCUGAUAUGGAUAAACAAAGCAUGGGAGUUCAACAAUAAGUAGAACCUUUAUGUUUCGAAUGCUUUCAACUUGUAUCGUAGUGAACUAUGUUCUGAUUGCUUUCAACUUGUAUCGUACUGUCCUAUAUUAUUCGCUUUGAACCCAUGUAUUUCCUUUGAACUUGCAUCCUAUUCAACUAUGUUAUGGUUUGAACCAAA